CUCGGUGGAGAGCUGUGUGCACCGCUGCGCGUUUUGGGUCAAAAUCGUCGCUUUAAUCGCAGCAUUUGAUUCAAAGUUUAAAAAAUAUACAACUUUUCUUUGUCGAACGAGGUCGAUUCGUUUCGUUUUGUCGCAUUGUCGCGCUAAAUCGUCCGUAUUUCCCGUUGGAAUUGGACGUAGAGGGUGCACCUUUGCGCAGAGACCGGUUUAAUGCUGAGAGGCUCCUCUGGGUGCACAAAGACAGCGGCUCGCAGAGGAACUUGUUCAGAGUGAACCGGGGACGCUGGGAGGCGAAAUAAACAAGCUCCGGACCAGAAGUAGCCGCCGCCGCGCAGUUCUACCCCCGUAAACACACGAUCCAUCCACUCGUCAACGAUACACAAGGUUACAGGUGUGAGCCGGUAUUGAACGUGAGGUGGAGCAGGCCAGGCUUGGCAUCAUGGUGAAGUCCCAUAAGUCAAGUGGGAGGAAGAGCUCUCACAGCCUCCGCAGACAGACUGGUGGCCAGACAGAGGUGGAGGAAGGUCAGUCCCAGUCAGACACCCAGCAUCCACCACAGGAGCAGCCCCGUGGAGAAGACCACUCCUCUGAUCAUGCCGAACUCCGGACCUCUGCAUCAGCCGAGGCGCUGUCUGAGAACUGUGACCAGAAGGAAACUCCCAUGGACGUCCAGGAAAAGGGUGACUCCAGCCAAGCCAAGCCAAUGUGGAAACCCAUUCCCCCUCUGAUGCCUGAGCCCGAGGACCACGGGAGCACGACCGGUGAGACCAGGGACCAGAGCUGUCAGACUGACGAGCAGCUUCAGCAGAUGAGUGCUGGCAGCGAAGGUCAUAACGCAGGUCUCUGUGUUGAGCCCGGAGAUCCUCCUCUCCUCCAACAGCCUCUGCAGACGUCUAAGUCUGGGAUUCAGCAGAUAAUUGAAUGCUUCCGUUCAGGCACCAGCCAGCUGAGACACAUGCUGCUGAGGGAGGUGGAUACCAUCUUCGAGUGUAAACUGUGCCGCAGUCUGUUCAGGGGCCUGCCCAACCUCAUCACACAUAAAGAGUACUACUGCCUGUCACGGCUGCCUGAACCCGACGGUUCUUCGGGGGAUGACAGACAGAGUGUAGCCAUGAAGGAUUUACUGGACACCAUAUAUCCCAGAGCCGACCGACCAGACUACGUAGUCCGACUGGAGCCCAUUCAGACCACUACCAAGGCCGUGUUCCAGUACCUCACCACAGAAGAGGAUCUGGCCAGAUAUCCAUCACACACACCCAGUGCCAGAGAGAGUCCAGUAGCAUGGGAAGAGCCAGCGGAGGGUGGGGACAACAGCCAGGCGAGCCAGCGAGGUGGAGCAGAGAGCCACAGCAGCCCGGGACCCAACCAGGGGCAGAAGAGAUGGGAGGCUGAGGAGGAGGCCAAAGCAGAGCAGCCACCGCCUGAAGAGGAGGGCUCCACUAGCGGGGUGGAGGACGUGACAAUCUCCUGUUGUCUGUGCGGUCAGGACUUCAACUCGCGCCGCAGCAUCAGGCGCCACUGCCGCAAAAUGCACAAGACCAAACUGGAGGAGCUGCGAAAGUUCACAGAGACACGAACAGUUCCCACGAGCCUGCUCUCUAUGGUGAAAGGUAAGUGUUGA